GGGCGUGGUCUGAGGCCCCGCCCCCGCCCGCGUCCCCGCCGCUGACCGACACGAGCCGGGAAAGCAGCUGCCGCCGCCGCCGCCACUUCACCGGAGCCCGGACGCGAGCCAGAGAGGCAGAGCGGGCCCGCGCGCCGUCGCCAUGGGGAGCCGCGUGUCCCGAGAGGAGUUCGAGUGGGUCUAUACGGACCAGCCGCACACCGACCGGCGCCGGGAGAUCCUGGCAAAGUAUCCAGAGAUAAAAUCCUUGAUGAAACCUGACCGCAACCUCAUCUGGAUCAUAACUCUGAUGCUUCUCGUCCAGCUGGCUUCACUUUACUUAGUGAAAGACUUGGACUGGAAAUGGGUUAUAUUUUGGUCCUAUGUCUUUGGUAGCUGCCUUAACCAUUCAAUGACUCUGGGGAUCCAUGAGAUUUCCCACAAUUUCCCCUUUGGCCACCACAAGGCGAUGUGGAACCGCUGGUUUGGAAUAUUUGCUAACCUCCCUUUGGGAGUUCCAUACUCGAUUUCUUUUAAGAGAUACCACAUGGAUCACCAUCGAUACCUUGGAGCUGAUGGCAUUGAUGUGGACAUUCCUACUGACUUUGAGGGCUGGUUCUUCUGCACCACUUUUAGGAAGCUGGUCUGGGUUAUCCUUCAGCCUCUCUUUUAUGCUUUUAGACCCCUAUUCAUCAAUCCCAAACCAAUUACUUAUCUGGAAAUCAUCAAUACUGUGACCCAGAUCAUUUUUGACAUUAUAAUUUACUAUGUUUUUGGAAUUAAAUCUUUAGUCUACAUGUUGGCAGCCUCCCUGCUUGGCCUGGGUUUGCACCCAAUUUCUGGGCAUUUUAUAGCCGAACAUUAUAUGUUCUUAAAGGGACAUGAAACAUACUCAUAUUAUGGACCUCUGAAUUUACUGACCUUCAAUGUGGGCUACCAUAAUGAACACCAUGACUUCCCCAACGUUCCUGGGAAAAACCUGCCCCUGGUGAGGAAGAUAGCGGCUGAGUAUUACGAUAAUCUCCCCCAGUACAACUCCUGGAUCAAAGUACUGUAUGACUUUGUGAUGGAUGACACAAUAAGCCCCUAUUCACGGAUGAAGAGGCCCCCAAAAGGGAACGAGAUUCUGGAGUAAAUAUCACAGCCAACUCUUCGUCAUAGCUGAGAAAGUGGAAUUUUUUUCUUGCUAAGCUAAGAUCAGUGAUGCCCGGAAGCUGCACUGGUGUAAUUUCCCACUAGGAUCCAUGGCGUCAAAGGUCCCUCAGCCUUCAGACGGCCGACUCUCACGCUCGCUUGCCCGCGCUCAAGCAUUGUAUUACUGUUACUAAGGGUGUCUCCACCUGUCUGUCAAACUGUAAGCAUAUCAUAAAAUGCUUAUUAUGUUAUUUUUCACUAUAAAGUUUUACUUUAUUAAAACACCUAAUAAACUGAACUGUUAAUCACAGUAUAUUAAUAUUCAUUGCAUUUUUGUAUUGCACUAACUAUAUGCUAUAGUUACCAGGGUAUUGGGGGAACUAAGAUUUCGUUCAGAAAUUUUAAGAGCUGACUUGAGCUCAUAUAGUAUUGUGUAACUUUGCUCUGAAUUCAAACAUUUCUUUCUGGAGGGAAAAGGGAGGCUUAUAAGACUGAGGAAGCCGAUAACAUUCUCCACGACAAAGUCCCUCCUCAAGGUUGUGUAGGAAGUAAGGCUUUCCGGAGGAGCUAGCUGUCUGUGAGUCCUGCAGGGAGCGAGUGCCAAGGGUUCCAGCCCUGUGGCUUUUGUGACUUUGUCACCCAUGCCGGGCAUUUCAUUGAUGACUGCCUUGGAGUUGCUAAUUAAGUAACCCAGAUAAGCUCACAGGUUCACUAAGCUGGACUCUGGUAUGCAAACUGGCGUUAACAAACCCUUGUUCUUUCUGCCUGGGAAAGUCCUAUAAUAAGCAUAAAGGUUGAGAUGGAAAUUUCUUUCUCUGUAAAUUACUGAAUUCGUGUUUGCUUGUUUUUUUGUUUGUUUGUUUUUUGAGUCAGGGUUUCCCUGUAUAGCCUUGGCUGUCCUGAAACUCUGUAGACCAGGCUGGCCUCGAACUCAUAGAGACUCACCUGCCUUUGUCUGCUGGGUGCUGGGAUUAAAGGCGUGCACCAAUCAGCAAGUUAUUUAUUCGUAAUUUUUACUAUUAUCCAUGUCACCUAAAGUAGACGCUGCUGGAUCCUGAAUAAAGUCUUUACUAAAUUUAA